UCACCUGCCCAGGUAACCGAGGCCCUGGAGCGCGAGGCGGAGGCGGAGGCGGAGCGGGCUCGGAGCAUGUUUGGCCGUUUGUUUGGCACCUGUCACAAGUACCCUCAGAACCCAGAGGCUCGCACUGUGAAGGUUAACCCCCCCCCCCUGGGGAAGAGGGCGACGGCCCCUGGGAGGAUGAUGGCCGGCGCUCGCCUUGCCCAAGCCGGCAUCCCUGUGGUCCUUGAGGUGUUGCUUCUGUGCGUGCUGGGUCUCCAGAUCACUGAGUCCGGGCUGCCUCCCGCACCCCCUGAGCUGCCGGCGGGAACUGCCUGCCUGAACCUCUUCACUCCGGGGGUUCCUGCCUUCGUGCUGGACACGGAAGCCUCGGUCAGCAACGGGGCCACCUUUCUGGGUUCCCCCACCGUGCGCCGGGGCUGGGAUUGCGUGCGCUCCUGUUGCACCACCCAGAAUUGCAACCUGGCGCUGGUGGAACUGCAGCCCGACGGCGGCGAGGACGCCAUCACCGCCUGCUUCCUCAUGAAUUGCCUCUACGAGCACAACUUUGUGUGCAAGUUCGCGCGCAGAGAGGGCUUCAUCAACUACCUCACAAGAGAGGUUUACCACUCGUACCACGAGCUUCGGACCCAGGGCUUUGGAGGGUCCCGGAUCCCAAGGGCCUGGGUGGGCAUAGACUUGAAGGUGCAGCCCCAGGAACCCCUGGUGCUAAAGGAUGUGGACAACACAGAUUGGCAUCUACUGCAGGGUGGCACAGACGUCAGGAUAGAGAGGAAUAAUCCGGACCAGGUGGAGCUGUGGGGACUCAAGGAAGGCACAUACCUGUUCCAGUUGACAGUGACUGGCUCAGAACAACCAGAGAAUAAGGCCAACGUCACAGUCACUGUGCUAUCUGCCAAGCAGACGGAAGACUACUGCCUUGCAUCUAACAAGGUGGGCCGCUGCCGGGGUUCCUUCCCCCGCUGGUACUAUGACCCCACAGAACAAAUCUGCAAGAGAUUCACUUAUGGAGGUUGCUUGGGCAACAAGAACAACUACCUUCGGGAAGAAGAGUGUAUGCUAGCCUGCCGGGAUGUGCAAGGCCCCUCAAUGGAAAGGCACCAUCCAGUAUGUUCUGGCAGCUGCCACUCCACCCAAUUCCGCUGCAGUAAUGGCUGCUGCAUCGACAGCUUCCUGGAGUGUGAUGACACCCCAGACUGCCCUGACGGCUCUGACGAGGCCACCUGUGAAAAAUACACCAGUGGCUUUGAUGAGCUCCAGAGUAUCCAUUUCCUCAGUGACAAAGGGCACUGUGUGGACCUGCCAGACACAGGACUCUGUCAGGAGAGCAUCCCACGCUGGUACUACAACCCUUUCAGUGAACGCUGUGCCCGCUUCACUUAUGGUGGUUGUUAUGGCAACAAGAACAACUUUGAGGAAGAGCAGCAGUGUCUCGAGUCCUGUCACGGCAUCUCCAAGAAAGAUGUGUUUGGUCUGCGACGGGAAAGCUCCAUCUCCAGUGUAGGCUCUGUGGAAGUGGCUGUUGCUGUACUCCUGGUCACCUGCAUCAUCAUGGUGAUAGCCAUCCUGGGUUAUUGGUGCUUCAAGAACCAGAGACAGGACUUGCGCAGACAUCACCACCUGAAUCACCCACCACCCACCCCUGCCAGCUCCACUGUCUCCACCACUGAAGACACAGAGCACCUGGUCUAUAAUCAUACCACCCGACCCCUCUGAGCCUGGGGCUCUUGCCAUCUCUCACCAGGCCCUGCUUCCUGCUUACCAAGACAGAGGCCUGGACUGGGGAAAACUUUGGGACCAGACUCCUGCCUGUUUUCCUGGCACAUUCUGCCUCAAAAGCCAGGGCUUUAGCUGUCUUGGAAGCCUCUGGGCUCAGGCUAGUUGUUUCUGAGAAAACACAAGGGUCUGAGAGAAGCAAAAAAUCCUUGAACCAGGAGUAUUGUGCAUAGAAGGACCUGCCCUGCCUAGGGGUUCAGAGGAAGUUGGAGUUUUAGGUCCUGGUUGAAGCUGCCUGCCCCCACCCCAUGGUGCCUGGGAUGGUGUCAGAAGCUGGAGGCCCCAGUGUCUUCCACAGCUGCCCUUCCACUACACGGUCCAGAGCUGGAAGGAAGGACUUCUCUAUUGUAGUUAGUGUUGUAAAGUAUUGCUUUUGGGGGCUGGAGGCAUAGAUCAGUGCUAGAGUGUGUGCUUAAUGCUUAGCAUGCACAAGGCCCUGGGUUCUAUCCCCAGUGUUGGGGAGGGGAAAUUAAAAAAAAGCUUUAUGUUUAUUUAAUGCCCUAGGGGUAGGAGUGAAGACAAAUGGAAGGUAUGUCUUCCUUUGCCUUCUUUCUUCCUUUUCCCUUGAGGUUGAGCUCUGCCCUUGACAAGCCCCUGAAUCCCCAGUGCCUAACCCCAGGGCUCUCUGACAUCACACCACCAACCCCUCCUCAAUUUCCCACAAAUCCAAUUCACUCACAGUGUGAUAAAAUGGUUUGUGAGGCUGGGGUGUAGCUCAGUGGUGGAGUGCUUGCCUAGCAUGCAUGAGGCCCUGGAUUCAAUCCCC